AGUAUAUUCAGUUCCUAGCUGAGACAGAGACCAUACUUUAUGCAAGCUUAAACAACAAAGUAAAAAUGGGUUCAGUCAAAGCUCUGAAGUGUUGAUUUGUUUCCCGUGUUUCCUUCCUGUGGUUGUUACUGCUUCUUCGUCCUUCUUAUUGUCAACCAGAAGUGAUCUCUCAGACCUUCUCUGCUGACUGCUACAACAUGCAGCUCACAUCAAAGACAAGACACCACAUUUUAGAACAGACCAAAAAUGUAUAGUUACUGUGCUGAGUUUGGGAAGAAGGCUGGUGAUGUGCAGAAAACAAUGCAAACUUUUCUGAGGACUCUAUCCUUUUUCCAAGUUCUGAUAUGUAUGACAAUGAAGAUCAAGGCUGAAAGUGUUUUUACUGGAACAGAAGGAGGCAGUGUGGAUAUCUCCUGUCAAUACCCUGAUGGAUAUCAAUAUACACCCAUGUACUUCUGUCGUGAUCCAUGCUCUUAUUCUGAUGUACUAAUUCAAUCUGUGAAGGCUGAUACGGUCAUCUCUGAGGGAAGAUACACUGCACUAAACACUCUGUCUACACGUAGCUUCUCUGUCACCAUCAGACAGCUCACAUUAAAGGACUCUGGAGUUUAUUACUGUGGAGUGGAUAAAUGGGGCAAAGACAAGUUAACUAAAGUAAAGCUUACUGUCAGUGAAGCAGUUCCUACUGUGUCUACACGUGCUCCAGUGUCCAGGCAGAAUCAAAUCCCUGAAGUUACAGAGUCUCCUUGUGCCACCACAGUGAUAACAGCUACUGCAGAGAGUUCCACUUUCUAUAAACAAGCAUCAUCCACACCUCAAACUCAACAUUCUUUGGACCUAUAUGCUCUUUUGAUUCUCUACAGGAAAAAGUCCACACACAUCACAACUUUGAAACCAGCUGCUCCUGCAAUCCAAAUUUCACAUCCACCACCUGAUCAGGAGAACAUUUGCCAUGUGUAUGAUGAGAUGCUGGCUGUGUAUACUUUAGCUGGUCCACCUGUAGGAGAUGAAUCUUCAGCCACCUACAGCACCAUUCAGCUCCCUGCUCCAGCAGACAAUGAUUGCAGUCCAUAAUCUCUUGUAGCUUCUCACUGAAAACAGUUACAGCACCCUAUAUAUGUGAUGUGCAUAAUACACAGAAAACCAUUCUGUGCAUUUCAAGAAAAUAAGCACUCUUUUGGGGACACAAGUUCUCUUUUUAGCGAUUACUGUCAUAUUUAAACUUAUAUAUUGCUCACAUAUUUCAACAUCUAACAAGACUUGACCUGACUUAAUAUUUGUUAUAGGUACAUUAAGAUAAACCUGAACUUUCUAAAACAUCCUGUGACAAAUUGACACAUGGGCUUCAAUGCAGUACUUCCGGUGUGAAUGCAAGGCUUAUUUUAUCCUGACUUGCAGCUCUUAUGCAACACGUGUAUGUAAUGCUUAUGCAGAUUGAAUGCACACUCAGUUUAACUAAGAAGCUGCAUUCACUAACAGCCCACUGGUACUAAUAUACCAUCUGUGUAAAUGUUCCAUGAUUGCACCCACAGGAAGUGGCUGAACUGUGAGACGCACCACAGAGAAAUGGUAAAUAUAACUUACUGGAAAUAGUGUUGGUGUUCACUGUGGGCUACACUUUAUGUCUAAUACAUAAAAAACUUCAUAAAUCACAACAAUCUAAGUAUAUUUCUCUCUGUGUCUGAUGUGGGUUUAACACAAAGUUACUAAUCGUUCAGGAGAUAAGUAAGAAGUGGAGUAAAAUAGGCAAGUUCAGUACACAUGAUGCACUCUUGUUUUUACACAUAGCCAUGGUGUUAUUUUUAAGAUGUGAGGUUUUAUUGUUGAGAUGUGACUUAAUGAUAAAGUUGAAACCAUAUUCAGCAAAAUAAGUAAAAAUGUCAACUAUGAACAUAAGACAACUAUGAAUGUAAAUAAACAAUUAAAAAUGUAAUUCUCCUUCAUAGAGAAUAGCUGAAAAUAUUUGUUAAAGUGAUUUAUGUUGUUGUGCUAUUUGUCCAAAUAAAGACCAAAAGCAAGCACCAUAGAAGACCUGCGUGAAGUUGGCCCCUCACCCAACGCCGGAAAAAUAGUCUCAAUCGUUUGUGAUGGUUUGUGCUGUAAAAAUUUUUGUUUGUGCUGCUUUGGUUUUGGAGAUAUUAAAAGAACAUAUAGGCCUAUAGGUCAUUCUGAGGUCACUCAGCCCCACCACCUGCUCCAAAUUCACCCUAAACAGUCUCAAUCGUUUGUGCUCUGUUUGUGCUGGUUUAUGCCACUAAAAGUUUAGUUUGUGCUACUUUCAUUUUUAAAAUAUUAGAUAUUAAUUUCUAGAUGAUGAUGUCACCAGCCCCUCACAUGCUCCAAAUUCAACCCAAAUGGUCUCAAUCGUUUGUGCUUCAUUUGUGCCGAUAAAAGUUUUGUUUGUGCUGCUUCCGUUUUUAAAAUAUUAGACAUUGACUUAUAGGCGCAAAUCAUCGGUGUGAGCACACUUUUAGAGUCAAAUUGCCAAAGACUUUGUCAAGAAAAAUCAUAUCAUAAUUUGUUCAAUAGACAAUUAUCUUUACUUCAUUCACUGGU